AUGAACCUCAGCAUCAUGAUACGGGAAGGCCUGGAAGGAUCAGAUAGCGAAAAAUGUCAAAGGGGAUCAAAAAAAUAUGCAAAUAAUAGCGCCUUUUAUAAAACUAAAUUGAAAAAAGAAAAUUCAAGUAAAAGGAAAAUAAAAGCCGUUACAAAAAAAUAUAAAAAUUUUAAUCGAAUAUUAACAGAUACCACUUCUAUUACAUCUUCUGACAAAAAAGGUAACAAAUUACGUGUGUUAGAACGAUUUAUUUCCCAAACAAAUCAUAAAGACAGUUACGGGGAAAAAUCUUAUGGCAACAAAUUUGGCCUUUUAAGUCAUCUUUUUUCGAAAGGCACACUACGCAGGGGAAGCUCGAAAGGUUCACUACACAGUGGCAAUUUGAAAGGUUCACUACACAGUGGCAGUUUGAAAGAAAAGCCAAGGAACGGCAACUCACGACAUUCCACAAAAAAAAAUUUGCAUGGAAAUGCAAGAGGAAGUAAAUUGAUAAAAGCAGACAGAAAGUUAAUUACCCCAACUGAAGAAAAAAAGAAAAGUUAUUUGAUUAAUAUUCCAAAAAAUACUCCUGCAAAAAAAAAUAGAAAUUAUUAUUUACCCAAUUUGAGCAAUCCUAUCAUCAAUGCAGGGAAAAAUAAUUACAAGUUAAGUAAAUUAUUAACACCAUCAGAAAAAUUUGGAAAAAAAAAAAAAAAUAAAAUUACGAAACAUUUUCUAGGAUUAAAAAAAGGCAUGAACAUGAUGAACGGUACUAAUGGUAAGAGGAAGGAUGACACAGGAAGUGGAAAUUCACAAAAUGGAAGAAGUAAUCAUCAAAUGGGUACCAAAAAUGAACAACCUUUGGGAAAAACAGAUUCAAAUGACAAUGUACAUGAGGAAAAUGGCUUGCAUAAUGAUAUGCAAAAUGAUGGAAGUAACUCAGUAGGUGCAUUAGCAUCUUCACUUGAUAAGGCACAGCACCGAGACGAAUUGGACAAUGGAGAAAACAUGAACAAUAUGCAAAAGGGUUACAGAAAAAAUGGGAAAUCCUAUGAGAAGAUGAGUAAAAAAGCACCAGGGCAUGUGAAGGAGGAACUAUUCACAGCAGCACCAAGAGAUCCAUAUUUCACCACAGGUGUAUAUGAUGCAUCUAACGAUGUACUUAAAGAGGAAAUGUCUUAUUAUGAUGCUCAGCAAGUCUCUGCUAGUUUGCUUCCUGGAUAUAAAGAAGUAACUUUUGAUGGAAUAGGUGAAAACAGAAAAAUCAACUUAUAUGCUACUGGGUUAAAUAAAUUGCAAAUAAAUUCCAUGUAUUGUCCAAACAGAUUUUAUGAACCUUACAAUUAUAUCUCCCACAGGAGCAAAGCAGGUCCAAAUGAGGCAUAUCAUUUGAAAAACUUAAAUAUAUUAAAUAAUUAUUUGUUUACAUCAACGGAUCUAUCACAAGGGACUAUACACAAACAGUCCAAUAUCGGAGUUACUUACCCUUAUGGUGUUCCCUUUAUCAACAUCAAGAAAUGUAGAAAGACAUAA